ACGGAGCUCAGCGAUGGAGCUCAUUUUCUCCCCUCCGUCAAACGUUACCAUGAUGUCUACGCAAUAUUGCAAAUAAGAAAUCUAUUUUUAAGAUAUUUUGGCAGCCCUCCACGAACCUGUCUGCGCGUGACGCAGGAGGAGACUACUUAAAGGGGGAUUAGCUCUGGCAAAGACAUUAAAUCCAACCCUCCCAGCAGCCAGACACCGCGCGACCUAUCAACCUGAUCUGAAGAUCGAAAAUAGGAGGGCUCAUAUUAAUCAGCACUUCGGACUCCAAGACGAGCAGAAGUGAAAUCGGCGAGAGAUCCUCUGGCAUUGUGCGCUGUGGCAGCGCAGGAGGGGGAGAAGGCUUGGUGAUCAAUGCGUUUGGCAGAUAAAAUCGGGCCCUCUGGAGAGUAGACGAGGGAGAUACUACCGGUUUUUUUUGUUUUUUCCCGUGGAAUUCGUGCAGAGGGCUGUGUGCGCGCUCUCGUCUCCGGAUGAACAGAAAUGGGGGAAUGGACCAUACUAGAGAGGCUCCUGGAGGCUGCUGUCCAGCAGCACUCCACUAUGAUAGGAAGGAUCCUACUAACUGUGGUGGUGAUCUUCCGGAUCCUAAUCGUAGCCAUAGUUGGAGAGACAGUUUAUGAUGAUGAGCAAACCAUGUUCAUCUGUAACGCCUUACAACCGGGCUGUAACCAGGCGUGCUACGACAAGGCUUUCCCCAUCUCGCACAUCAGAUACUGGGUGUUCCAGAUCAUAAUGGUCUGCACCCCGAGCCUGUGCUUCAUCACCUACUCGGUCCACCAGUCCGCUAAACAGCGGGAGAGACGCUACUCCACCGUCUUCCUCACGGUGGACAACAAGGACCAAGACUCGAUGAAGCACGACGACAGCAAGAAGAUCAAGAACACCAUCGUGAACGGAGUACUGCAGAACACGGAGAACUCCACCAAAGAAGCCGAGCCCGACUGCCUGGAAGUCAAAGAGAUCCCCAACGCGACCAUGAGGACUGCCAAGUCCAAAAUGAGGCGGCAGGAGGGCAUCUCGAGGUUUUACAUCAUCCAGGUGGUUUUCAGAAACGCCCUGGAGAUCGGCUUCCUGGUGGGCCAGUAUUUCUUGUACGGGUUCAACGUGCCCGCCGUGUACGAGUGCGACCGCUACCCGUGCAUCAAGGAGGUCGAGUGCUACGUGUCCAGACCUACGGAGAAGACGGUCUUCCUCGUGUUCAUGUUCGCCGUCAGCGGCUUCUGCGUGGUGCUCAACCUGGCCGAACUCAACCACCUGGGAUGGAGGAAGAUCAAAACGGCCGUGAGGGGGGUGCAGGCCCGGAGGAAGUCCAUCUACGAGAUCAGGAACAAGGACUUGCCCCGCAUGAGCGUGCCUAAUUUCGGCCGCACUCAGUCCAGUGACUCUGCCUAUGUGUAGGUGAGAAGAGAGAGAGGGAGAGGGAAAGAAGAGGAAGAGAGAGAGACAGAGAGAGCGUAGUGAAAAAGUGAGUUCCCCAAGAGGGGUCCCAAAGAUCCAACAUCGGCACAGACGGAGCCCAUUCGCCACCGACGAGCGGGUGAGAUUUGGGUUUGUUUAGGCUUUUUUUCAGGAUGGCUGACACGGGUUGGCAAGCGAUGUCUUUUUCUUGCACUGGUGCAACUCUCUCGGCCACCUCACUGAAGCGCAGCCCGCUCACCGGGGUCGCGUAUUUACUCUACAGUGGGCUGCUCAGUUGUACUUGAACAGAGUAAAUACGUUUUGCACUAAAAAAAAAAGAGAAACAGUAAUAAAAGUCAACACCGGGAGCCAAAACGCGCCUGUUAUCGGUGUUUUUAAAGUUUUUCCACCGAUUUUCUUUUUGGACACCAUCUUAUUUAGCGAUAUGUUACGCACAGCGAUUGAAGGGAGAAGCUUUAGUGCAGAUUCAUCCAGCCUAGAAGAAUAUAUGGAGUAGGCUGUGGAUUAAACUAGGUUUAAGAAAUUAAAAAAAAGAUGGAUGGAUUCAGGUAUUAAGCAGCAUCAGGUAAUAAAGGACACUUUAUUUUAAAUGCUGAUUUUUCAGUCUAAGUGAGAGAAAGGAAACUGUAAAUAAGCUCAUUAUAAUGAAAUAAAAGAUUUACGAGUCAUUCAGUGAAGACUGUACAAAGCUCUGUCCUGUAUGACCUGAUGUUUAUUAAUACCUGAGCCCACCCUGUAUGAUAGACUUUUUUUUGGUUGCCUGUGUUGCACCAUUGACCUUAAUGUAAGUCUCCAUUUCAUGGCUGUAGUGAACUUGUGAGCUGAUUCCAGGCUGGAUCUGCUGCACACGUCUGCGACAUUUCCUUAAUUUAAAAAAACACACACCAAAGCGCCCACAGCUUUCAUUCGUGAAGUGUUGUUUUUCUCUCUUUUGCUUUCGUGUCAUUUAAGUGCCAUACUUGUACAUAAAAAUAUAUAUAUGUAUACAUAUAGAUAUAAGAAAAAUCUAUAAUAAUAAUAAUGAUGAUGAUGAUAAGAAUUCUAUGUGUCAUGAAAGAGGAUUCCUUGCUUGGAUUGUGCUGAAAAAAAAUCCACCCAGGUUUGCUUUAACUGUAUUCGUUGUGAUUUCGAUGCAAAAGAUGCAAAAGGAUAUAACUGCAUUUUUUUC